ACUGAUCGUACCGAGGAUAAAACAGAAUUUUCAAUAAAAUAAUCAGCUAUUAAUCACGAGAAAUGAUUUAAGAGGGUUUUUUAUAUAGUGAAGCAUCUGGAAAAGCGGUGUUUUUUUAUUUUUCAUGUCGUUUACUCAUAGGCCGUACAUGGGCUGUGGUUUAAAGAAGAUAAUUAUUUUUUUCUACAAAUGAAAUGAUAUUAAACAAAAAAAAUGCAAUGGAAGUGUAGAGACCACGUGUAUCAUUUAAAAAGGUAUAUAUAAGUGAGAUAUUCAAUGCUAGUGAAGUACUGAUUGUGCUUUGAGCACGGCGACAUCAAUAGGUAGAAGACGGUAUCGUUAAUACCGCAUUAAUUGAAGAUGUUUAUAGCAGAAUCUUUUCUUUUUGUUUAAAUCAAAGAAUAUUGUCUGGGAAUAUUUCUAUUUUUCUUACGAGAACAACUGUUAGAUAUUCUUAAAUCAGGAGGAUAAAAUCGUACGAGUUAAAAAUGCUUCCGGAGUUUGAUACGAAAUCCAGUGAGCUGUGGGACUCGUUAAGGUGCAGCUCGUGUGAGAGCAGGACGGUGUCAUAUGGUUCGCGCUCUCGUGCUGUAGCACAUGCAGUCUCGAGAUCUCGUGCAGUAGUGGUAGUUGUUAUAUUCAGUGUAAUUCAUACUUUGACAGUUAGGGUAUCAGCGAGUUCUCAUCGCGGCUUUGACAUGUGUGAACCUAUUGAGAUCCCGCUGUGUGCGGGUAUGCCGUACAACAUGACUCGGAUGCCGAACCAUUUACACCACAGUACACAGGAAAACGCACGUUUAGCUAUAGAACCCUAUGGUGAACUUAUAAAACAGAACUGCAGUGCGGACUUACUUUUUUUCUUAUGUGCAAUGUUUGCACCAAUAUGUACGCCUCAUUUUCAGAAAGCCGCCAUACCGCCGUGUCGGUCGGUGUGCGAGCGGUCGAGACGUGGGUGUGAGCCUCUUAUGAACAAAUAUAAUUUUUCAUGGCCAGUAGAUUUGGACUGUAAUCUACUUCCAGAAUAUGAUAAAGGUGUUUGUGUAUCUCCGGAAGCUAUAGUGUCGUCUAUGCCUACAGAAAACACACAAUCUUCAGAAGAGACCAGCCCUACACGGUCGAACCCAAAGAAAGAUUGCAAAUGCACAUCAAGAAAUAAACCAACGAAAAAGGCUUAUAAGAAGGGAAAUUACGAUUUUGCGAUUGGGUGUUUAGUGAGAAGCAUAACAAAUAUAGACGAUAACAACACGGUUAUACGGGUGGCCGUAGACAAAAUCUUACAGCGCGGGAAAGUUCAUUUACAGGAAAGGCGGGAAAUCGACAUGUGGGCAAACUCCGACUGUGUCUGUCCGUCGUUGAGAGUAAAUAGGCAAUAUCUAAUUAUUGGGGAGGAAGAAGUUUUACUCAACAGGCUUAAGUUCAGCGACAAUAGCCUCGUAACCAGAUGGAAAAGUAAAUGGGAAAAGAAGUUCAAGAGAUGGACAGAUAACAAGACAAAAGGGAGAAAGAAGGGACGAAAGCGUAAAAACAAACGCUGCAAAAAGGGCAAAUGCAGAAAAAAUAAUUCAAAAGAAAAGUUACGCUGCAGGGUGGAACAAAAAGACGAGUCCAAUACGAGAAUAAAAUGUGUACGGACAGAGAGAAAAAAUAGUGAAAAUAAAAUGGCCAAUUCAUCGAAACGGAGAAAGAAAAACAAAAAUCGUAAAAAGAAUAAAACGAAGACGAAUCCUAACAGUACCGGGAAAUGAGUUUGUUGUUGAUGAUGUGGUCAACAUCCAGUCCUUGUGCACGGAAAAAUCGUGCAUUAUGUGCAAUUUCACCUGAGGAGAAAUUCUGUUGUUAAAAUACUUUGUCAAGGGAAGUAACAAAGACAUGUUUAUUUCUAUGCUCUGUAAGCCUCCUUCGGUUUCUUCCCUUGUUUGUUUUAUUACUACGCAUGAAAGCAGUGCCUGUGAUUAAAUG